CCCUGUCAAGAUGCUAGUGCUGUUGAUACCUGUUCUGUUGGUGGCUGGUGCCUCCGGGUGCGGCUUGCCCGUCUACUCCCCCAAUGCCAGGGUGGUGAACGGCGAAGACGCCAUCCCCUACAGCUGGCCCUGGCAGAUCUCCCUCCAGUAUGAGAAGGACGGCGAAUUCCGUCACACCUGCGGGGGGUCCCUCAUUGCCCCCAACUGGGUUAUGACAGCAGCACACUGCAUCUCCAAAUCCCGGACCUAUAAGGUGGUGCUGGGCGAAUACGACAUGAGCGCUGAAGAGGGCUCCGAGCAGCACAUCCCCGUCAACUCUGAGGACAUCUUCGUGCACCCCCGAUGGAUCUCCAUCUGCGCGGCCUGCGGCAACGACAUCGCCUUGCUGAAGCUGUCCCACAGCGCAGAGCUGAAUGACAAGGUGCAGCUGGCCUGCCUUCCCCCUGCAGGGGAGGUUUUGCCCAACGAUUACCCCUGCUACAUCAGUGGCUGGGGGCGGCUCUACACCGACGGCCCCCUCCCAUCCAAGCUCCAGCAGGCCAUUCUUCCGGUGGUGGACAACGAGCAUUGCAACCAGCGGGACUGGUGGGGAGGGGUCAUCAAGCAGAGCAUGAUUUGCGCUGGCGGAGACAUCCGAGCUGGCUGCAACGGUGACUCUGGCGGACCCCUCAACUGCCAGGCCGCUGAGGGAAGGUGGGAAGUCCAUGGCAUUGCUAGCUUUGUCUCCGCCUUGGGCUGCAACGCCCUGAAGAAGCCCACUGUCUUCACCCGCGUCUCUGAUUUCGACGGCUGGAUCCAGGAAACCAUUGCUCAAUACCCGUGAUGACCUGAUUGCCUUUUGUGGAACUUCCCUCAUCCCAGAAUAAAGCAGUCGAAAGACCC